CCGGGCCGGGCCAUGGCCACCUCGGAGCGACUCUACGAGUUAUGGCUACUGUACUACGCGCAGAAGGACCUGGCCUACCUGCAGCAGUGGCUGAAGGCCUUUGUGGGGACCUUCGACAAGACCAUCUCACUGUCUUCCCUGGAACCUCGCAGGCUGGAGGAGACAGGCGCUGAGGUGCCGCUGCUGCCGCUGGAUGCUCUGCACGUGCUGGCCAAGCAGCUGGACCAUGAGGACCUGGAGCAGGCCCUGCUGUUGCUCAAGCUCUUCAUCAUCCUCUGCAGGAACCUAGAGAACGUUGAAGCGGGCUGGGGCCUGGUGCUGGUGCCCCGGGUGCAGGUGCUGCUGACCAGCUUGGUGGCCGAGCUGAGAGGACCAGCAUCCCCACAGGAGGGCCAUGGACCCCAUCUGGAGUGUGUGGCCUUACAUGCUCUGCUCCUCUGUGAGGGACUUUUUGAUCCUUACCAGACCUGGCGACGCCAGCACAGUGGGGAAGUCAUCAGCUCCAAGGAGAAGAGCAAGUACAAGUUCCCUCCUGCUGUUCUCACCCCUGAAUUCAGCGCCUUCUUCCAAGAGAGCCUUCAGGAUGCAGAUCGCCUACCGCCCACACUGCUGUUACGCCUUGUCCACCUCUUCGGUGCUGUUCUUGCAGGAGGGAAGGAGAACGGUCAGAUGGCUGUAAGUGCCGGGUCUGUGCAGGGCCUGCUGGGUGUGGUCCGGGCGUGCGGCCGUGGGCCCACCCAGGACCCCCGUCUGGUGCCACUGGCGUUGGAGGCACUGGUGGGUGCUGUCCACGUCCUGCACACCAGCCGCACACCUCCUCGAGGGCCAGAGCUCCGGGCCCUCCUUGAAGGCUACUUCCGUGUCCUUAAUGCUGACUGGCCGACUGGUCUGCGCCCAGGCCCUGAAGAGACGCUCAUCAGCCUUCGGGUCAGCAUGCUCGAUGCCAUCCCUGUGAUGCUGACAUGUGAGGACCGGCCAGUGCUGCAAGCCACCUUUCUCAGCAACAAUUGCUUCGAACACCUCACUCGCCUCAUCCAGAACAGCAGGCUGUAUGUGCGGGCCCGGGUGCCCCCUGAGGGGGACAGUGACCUGGCUACCCGGUUACUGACCGAGCCUGAUGUCCAGAAGGUACUAGACCAGGACACAGAUGCCAUCGCAGUCCAUGUCGUCCAGGUGCUGACUUGCAUCAUGAGCGGGUCCCCCUCAGCCAAGGAGGUGUUUAAGGAGCGCAUCGGCUACCUGCACCUGCAGGAGGUUCUGCAGAGCCACGGCCCUCCCACCCAUCGACUACUGCAAGAGCUGCUCAACAUGGCUGUGGAGGGCGACCACAGCACGCACCCACCACCCCCGAUUCGCAACGAGCAGCCCGUGCUAGUGCUAAUGCGGUGGCUGCCAAUGCUGCCCACGGCCGAGCUGCGUUUCUUCCUGGCACAGCGCCUUUGGUGGCUCUGCGACAGCUGCCCGGCCAGCCGUGCCACCUGCGUGCAGGCGGGCCUGGUGGACUGCCUGCUGGAGACCCUCAGCACCGGCCGCGCCUUGGGGGCCCGCUGCCGGGAGCAGCUGCUGGCGUUGCUGCAAGCGCUGGGCAGUGUGUCGCUGAGGCCCUUGGAGCUGCGUCGCCUGCUGCGGCCCCCACCGGGGCUGGACUCAGAGCCCGGCGGAGCAGAGGCGGGGAACGCCUGGCACGCGGGCUUCGUCAUCCGUGCACUGUCGGGCAUGGCCCGGCAUCAGGGUCCUGUCCGUGCCCUGCGCUACUUUGACCUCACGCCGGGCAUGGCUGGAAUAAUGGUGCCCUCUGUGCAGCGCUGGCCUGGGCCUGGCUUCACCUUCCAUGCCUGGCUUUGUCUGCACCCCACGCCCGCAGCCCUUGCCCCCUCCAGGCCACUGCAGCGGAAGCAGCUCUACAGCUUCUUCACCAGCAGCGGCUCGGGGUUUGAGGCCUUCUUCACGGCCACUGGGACCCUGGUGGUGGCCGUGUGCACCCGGAAGGAGUACCUGACCAUAAGCUUGCCUGAAGUGUCCUUCGCCGACUCCGCCUGGCACUGUGUGGCCAUUGUCCACAUGCCCGGGCGUCGGCCCUUUAGCCAGAACCUGGUCCACGUCUACAAGGAUGGUCAUCUGGUCCAGACAGCCCCCCUUCGCUGCCCCUCCCUCAAUGAGCCCUUUUCCUCCUGCUGCAUUGGCUCUGCCGGGCACCGUACCACGACCACCACCACAGGGCUCCCUGAGCCACUGGGCCCCACCGCCUUGGCGCACGUGCACCCCUCGCUCACUCGCUCCCAGUCAGUCCCAGCCUCCACGGGACUGGCCUGGGGGUCCGGAUUGGUGGCCCCGCCGCAGGAGGGCAGCAUCAGCUCCACGCUCGCGGGCACACAGGACACACGCUGGGGCAGCCCCACGUCUCUGGAGGGCGAGCUGGGGGCCGUGGCUAUCUUCCAUGAAGCCCUACAGGCGGCACCCCUGCGGGCCCUGUGCACUCUGGGGCCCAAUGAGAUGGCACCCUUCAAACCCGAGGGUGAACUGCAUGAGCUCAGCACCAAACUUCUCCUCCAUUACUCACCUCAGGCCUGUAAGAACAACAUCUGCUUGGACCUGUCCCCUGGUCACGGGCUGGACGGCCGCCUGACAGGCCACAGGGUGGAAACCUGGGAUGUGAAGGAUGUGGUGAACUGUGUGGGGGGCAUGGGCGCCCUGCUGCCCUUGCUGGAGCGAGUGGCCGUGCAGCCUCAAGAAGCCGAGGCGGGCCCAGCUGAGACACACGACCUCCUGGGACCUGAGUUGACCUCUGGCCACAACACCCAGGGCCUCCUUCUCCCACUGGGCAAGUCUUCAGAGGAGCGGUUGGAGAGAAACGCAGUGGCUGCCUUUCUGCUGAUGCUGCGGAACUUCCUGCAGGGCCACCCGGUGAACCAGGAGAGCCUGAUGCAGUGCCAAGGGCCCGCCAUCAUUGGAGCACUCCUGCGCAAGGUCCCGAGCUGGGCCAUGGACAUGAAUGUGCUCAUGUCUACCCAGCUGCUGAUGGAGCAGGUGGUGGCAGAGGGUGGUGGGCCCCUCCUGUACCAUCUCUACCAGCAUUUGCUCUUCAAUUUCCCCCUCUGGACACUCAGCGACUUUGCAGUGCGUCUCGGUCAUAUCCAGUACAUGUCUGGCGUAGUCCGUGAGCACAGACAGAAGCUGCGGAAGAAGUAUGGGGUUCAGUUCAUUCUGGAUGCCCUGCGUACCCACUACAGCCCACAGCAGGAGCGCCCCCUUGUGGCCGAUGAUGUGCACAUGGUGCAGACCUCACUUCGGGGCCUGGCACGGGAGUUCCUGGUGAGAAGCUUCUCCACCGAUGACAUGCAGGUGGUUCUGAGCUUCCUGGCCGCCUGCGGUGAUGAUGGCCAGGUGGUAGGCAUGCUGGACUUGCUGCUGGCACUGCUGCAGAGCUCACCAGCACAGGAGCUGCUGCCAGCCUUCCUUCUGGAGCCCGGGAAUCUCGAGGUGCUGCUGGCCCUCCUAGUGCGGCCCAAGUCACUGCCCCAGCUGCCCGACCGAGUCUUCAAGAUCCUGCGCAGGCUGCAGCAGAAUGAACGCUUGCCGGAGCGGAGCCGUCAGCGCCUCCGGCUGCGGGAGUGUGGUCUCCAGGGCCUCGUCGCCUGCCUGUCCGAGGGGACAGUGUCCCCACAGCUCUGCCAGGGCCUCUACAGGCUGUGCCUGGAGACAGAUUGCCUGAACCUCCCAGAUCUGAUGGCUGUGAUGCAGCUGUCCCUCCAGGCUGACCUCAGUGUCCGCCUGGACAUUUGUCGCCAGCUCUUCUACCUCAUCUACGAACAGCCAGACAUAGUGCGGUUGCUGGCCCGCCAGACCGGCUGGCAGGAUGUGCUGACCCGGCUCUACGUCCUUGAGGCCACCACAGCCGGUGCUCCCUCACCCUUCCCCUCAGAGCCACCUACCUCCCCGGAGCCAGCUCUGCAUCAGCCACCCACUGAGUCACACACCGAGCCUUCUGAUGUCUUCCUGCCCUCAGAGGGCCCCUGCUCGGAUGCAGAUGCCUUCUACCAGGCCCUCUCCCCAUUCAGCACACACUUCGACCUGAGCCUGGAGCGGACCAGUGUGAGCUCUGGCAACACUGCCGGGGGCAGCAGCAAUGGGACUCUGACUCCUGCCAGCCAGCCUGGCACACCCUCUCCACUGGACGGACCCCGGCCCUUCCUGGCUGCCCACGGCCACCAUAGCUCCAGCCUUUCCAAUGUGCUGGAGGAUGGCAGCCUCCCAGAGCCCACCUUGAGUGGGGAUGACACUUCGAACACCAGCAAUCCUCAGCAAACGUCCGAGGAGGAGUUGUGCAACUUGCUCACCAACGUGCUCUUCUCAGUGACGUGGCGAGGUGUGGAAGGCAGUGACGAGGCUGCCUGGCGGGAGCGGGGCCAGGUCUUCUCGGUGCUUACCCAGCUGGGGGCCUCGGCCACACUUGUGCGCCCACCAGACUGCAUCAAGCGCAGCCUCCUGGAGAUGAUGCUGGAGUCAGCUCUGACAGACAUCAAGGCAGCCUCGCAGGGUGUGCUGGCCAACCUCACCCAGCAGGUGCUUUGGCUGCUGCGGCUGCUGCAGGACUUCCUGUGUGCAGAGGGCCAUGGAAACCAGGAGCUGUGGAGUGAGAAGCUCUUCGAAGGUGUGUGCAGCCUCCUGGAUCGUCUUGGGGCCUGGCCACACCUGGCCAAUGGCACAGCUGACCUCCGGGAGAUGGCUCAGAUCGGCCUGCGCCUGAUGCUGGGCUACAUACUGCUGGAGGACCCGCAGCUGCACGCCCAGGCCUACGUGAAGCUGCAUUCCCUGCUGCAGACCUUGGUGUCCCUGCGCCGCGAGGAGGCUUGCUACGUGCUGUCCAAGCUGGAAGCGGCGCUGGCGCGGGCACUGAAAUCCCCUGAGCGCUGCUCGUGGCUAGUGCCGCUGGUGCGCACGCUGUUGGACCGCGCCUACGUACCUCUGGGACUGCAGUGGGGGCUCCCCUCCCUGCCGCCCACCAAUGGCAGCCCCACCUUCUUCGAAGACUUCCAAGCCUUUUGCGCCACACCUGAAUGGCGCCUCUUCAUCGACAAGCAGGUACAGCCAACCAUGUCGCAGUUCGAAAUGGACACGUAUGCUAAGAGCCACGACCUCAUGUCUAGCUUCUGGAACUCCUGCUACGACAUGCUCAUGAGCAAUGGGCAGCGGCGCCAGCGGGAGCGCAAGCACAGUCGCCAGGCCUUCCAGGAGUUGGUGCUGGAACCUGCGCAGCGGCGCAUGCGCCUGGAGGGCCUGCGCUAUGCAGCUGCGCUGAAGCAACAGGCGGCCCAGCACUCCACGGCCCUGCUGCACUGGGGGGCCCUGUGGCGCCAGCUCUCCAGCCCCUGUGGGUCCUGGGCACUGAGGGACCCUCCCACUCCCCGCUGGAAGCUGUCCAGUGCUGAGACGUACUCCCGCAUGCGUCUGAAGUUGGUUCCCAACUAUAACUUUGAUCCUCAUUUGGAAGCCAGCGCCCUUCGAGACAACCUGGGGGAGGCCCCCCUGACGCUCACAGAGGAGGCCACGUUGCCCCUGGCAGUGACCAAGGAGGCCAAAGUCAGCACCCCACCCGAGGAGCUGCAGGAAGACCAGCUAGGGGAGGAGGAGAUGGCGGCGCUGGAGAAGGCGAUGGAGGCAGUGGAACUGGACAAGCAACGUGAGAAGCUGGUACUGUCGGCUGAGUGCCAGCUCGUCACGGUGGUGGCUGUGGUCCCCGGGCUGCUGGAAGUGACCACACAGCACGUGUACUUCUAUGAUGGCAGCUCCGAGCGUGUGGAAACCGAGGAGGGUAUCGGUCAUGACUUCCGGCGCCCACUGGCCCACCUGCGGGAGGUCCACCUGCGGCGUUUCAACCUGCGCCGCUCAGCUCUUGAGCUCUUCUUCAUUGAUCAGGCCAACUUCUUCCUCAAUUUCCCUGGCAAGGUGGGUAGACCCCAGCCUCCUUCUCUCUCUGGACCCCAAAGUCCGUCCACCACAGCUCAGCCUCAACCCUGCCCAGUCUUACUAUACCCCACACCCCAGGUACGGAACCAGGUGUACUCCUGCCUCCUGCGUUUGCGGCCCCCCACCCAAGGCUACCUAGGCAGCCGCUCGCCCCAGGAGAUGCUGCGUGCCUCCGGCCUUACCCAGAAAUGGGUGCAGCGAGAGAUAUCCAACUUCGAGUACUUGAUGCAACUCAACACCAUCGCAGGGCGGACCUACAAUGACCUGUCCCAGUACCCUGUGUUCCCCUGGGUCCUGCAGGAUUACGUGUCCCCAACCCUGGACCUCAACAACCCGGCUGUCUUCCGGGACCUGUCCAAGCCCAUCGGUGUGGUGAACCCCAAGCAUGCCCAGCUCGUGAGGGAGAAGUACGAGAGCUUUGAGGACCCAGCGGGCACCAUAGACAGGUUCCACUACGGCACCCACUAUUCCAACGCGGCAGGCGUGAUGCACUACCUCAUCCGCACAGAGCCUUUCACCUCCCUGCACCUCCAGCUCCAGAGUGGCCGCUUUGACUGCUCUGACCGGCAGUUCCACUCCGUGGCAGCUGCCUGGCAGACCCGCCUAGAGAGCCCCGCUGAUGUGAAGGAACUCAUCCCCGAGUUCUUCUACUUCCCUGACUUCCUGGAGAAUCAGAAUGGCUUUGACCUGGGCUGCCUCCAGCUGAACAACGAGAAGGUGGGUGACGUGGUGCUGCCGCCAUGGGCCAGCUCUCCCGAGGACUUCAUCCAGCAGCAUCGGCGGGCUCUGGAGUCCGAGUAUGUGUCUGCCCACCUGCACGAGUGGAUUGACCUCAUCUUUGGCUACAAGCAGCGGGGACCUGCAGCCGAGGAGGCCCUCAAUGUCUUCUAUUACUGCACCUAUGAGGGAGCUGUGGACCUGGACCACGUGACAGAUGAGCGGGAACGGAAAGCUCUGGAAGGCAUUAUCAGCAACUUUGGGCAGACCCCUUGUCAGCUGCUGAAGGAGCCCCACCCGGCCCGGCUCUCGGCUGAAGAAGCAGCCCAUCGCCUUGCACGUGUGGACACUAAUUCCCCCAGCAUCUUCCAGCACCUGGACCAGCUCAAAGCCUUCUUUGCUGAGGUUGUCAGUGAUGGCGUGCCCUUGGUCUUGGCCCUGGUCCCCCACCGGCAGCCCCACUCCUUCAUCACCCAGGGCUCCCCAGACCUGUUGGUGACUGUGAGUGCCAAUGGGCUGCUAGGCACCCACAGCUGGUUGCCCUAUGACCGCAACAUAAGCAACUACUUCAGCUUCAGCAAAGACCCUACGAUAGGCAACCCCAAGGUGCAGAGGCUUCUGAGCGGCCCGUGGGUACCAGGAAGCGGAGUGAGUGGCCAAGCCCUGGCAGUGGCCCCAGAUGGGAAGUUGUUGUUCAGCGGUGGCCACUGGGAUGGCAGCCUUCGAGUGACCGCACUACCCCGGGGCAAGCUGUUGAACCAGCUGAGCCGCCACCUUGACAUAGUAACCUGCCUCGCACUGGACACCUGUGGCAUCUACCUCAUCUCCGGCUCCCGGGACGCCACAUGCAUGGUGUGGCGGCUUCUGCAGCAGGGCGGUGUGUCGGUAGGAUUGGCACCAAAGCCCGUGCAGGUCCUCUAUGGGCACGAGGCUCCAGUGAGCUGUGUAGCCAUCAACACUGAACUUGACAUGGCUGUGUCUGGAUCCGAGGAUGGAACCGUGAUCAUCCACACUGUACGCCGGGGCCAGUUUGUGGCAGCACUCCGGCCCCCAGGAGCCACACUGCCUGGACCUGUGUCCCACCUGGUACUGGGAUCCGAGGGCCAGAUCGUGGUACAGAGCUCAGCACAGGAGCGUCCAGGGGCCCAGGUCACCUACUCCUUGCACCUGUACUCGGUGAACGGGCGGCUUCGGGCAUCACUGCCCCUGGCAGAGCAGCCCACGGCCCUGGCUGUGACCGAGGACUUUGUAUUGCUGGGCACAGCCCAGUGCGCUUUGCACAUCCUUCACCUAAACAAACUGCUCCCCGCUGCUCCUCCCCUGCCCAUGAAGGUGCCCAUCCGCAGCGUAGCGGUGACCAAGGAGCGUAGCCACGUGCUCGUGGGACUGGAGGACGGCAAGCUGAUUGUGGUGGGCGCCGGGCAGCCGUCUGAGGUUCGUGGCGGCCAGUUCGCGCGGAAGCUGUGGCGAUCCUCGCGGCGCAUCUCCCAGGUGUCAUCCGGGGAGACGGAGUACAACCCCGGCGAGGCGUGCUGA